UGUGUUAGUCUAGUUCGAUACUAUAAUAUAAAGUUAGUAUAACGCGAUAUGAAAAUUUAUUCCUGAGCUCCGCCUUCCUCUCAUAGACCCCCAUGUUAUUCCAAAAAGCGCCGGUUGCUGCCGACCAAUCAAGUUCGAGCUUCAGCUUUGUCAUGCUGUCAAUCAACGGUUACGCGCACAGCAAGCAAGCCCAUGCAGAGGUGGGCGAGCUACGCACUACGCAACCGUGCGCACAUUUGUUUUGCUUGUGGAGGAGAGAGCAUCAGGGCUCAGCAACUUCCAGAAAAGUUACCAAUCCCACGGCUUGUCAGGCCAAGAGACUGCAGGACGUUUUUUUGGCUCGGGGUGCUCGCGUCGCUCCCCGACCACGGCCUCCAUAGCCCGGCUGACGGCUUCGUUUAGAUGCCGUGGUCGGGGUGCUCGCCUCGCUCCCCGACCAUGGUCUCCAUAGCCCGCCUGACGGCUUCGUUUAGAUGCCCGACCUCUGGAGGAAGAUGUUGGGGCGUCUGGGACAUACUCUUUGUUGUGUGAUUGGUCCUUUGUCCCCGAUUGACCCAGUUUUGGAUUGUGGGCGUGGCUAUGUGGCUACACACCGGUGCGCAAUUCAAUAAAUGGCCUAUGCCUAUUCACAAAAGUGUGACAAGCAGGUCAAAGAUAUGUCUGUCGACUGUGUCUCCAUUUUUCUCCGUUUUGCCGGUUUAUUCCAACUCUUACACGCAGAAUGACUGUCCCAACAGGUUAUGGGCCCAGUAAAGAGUUUGGAAGCCGAUGGAAUCGUUUAUUGUUUGAUGGAGAUGAAAAGAAUUAUGAGCUCUGGGAAACGAAGUUCCUGGCACAUUUGCGUCUGCUGGACCUGAAGACUACCAUCCUGGGUGGAGCCCCCGCUGCAGGCUCAGAUGGUGUUGCAGCAGAUGCAAAUAAAAAUGAGGAGGCAUAUGCAGUCUUGAUCCAGUUGUUGGACGAUAAAAGUUUGUCUCUUGUAAUGAGAGAUGCUGCUGAUGACGGAAGAAAAGCGCUCCAGAUCCUGCGCGACCAUUACGCAGGGAAGGGAAAGCCGCGCGUAAUAAGUCUAUACACGGAGCUGACAUCUCUUCAAAAGGGUAUGAAUGAGAGCGUCACAGACUAUAUUAUUCGUGCGGAGACUGCCAUCACAGCACUGCGUAAUGCAGGAGAGACACUUAGUGACGGUCUACUGACCGCAAUGAUUUUAAAAGGUCUGCCUGAUGUGUUCAAACCAUUCUCUGUUCACAUUACACAGAGUGAUUCAACGUUGUCAUUUGCUGAUUUUAAGACUAAACUGAGGAGCUAUGAAAGCACGGAGAAGUGUGGUGCGUCUGGCUCAGGAGAGGACAGUGUGAUGAAGGUGAAAGGAAGAGACAGGAGAGAUAAUUGGAGUGCAAAACUCACCUGUUUCACCUGCGGUCUGAAGGGCCACAAAGCCGCGGAGUGCACUUCCAUUGGAGAGCGUAGAGACCAGAGACAGUGGUGUAGCCUUUGUAAAAGCGCCACGCACAAGGACGCAAAUUGUCGGCGGAGGAAACGGGACAAGGUGAAGCAAGCGGUGGAUGAGGAAGACCACACGUUCGCCUUUAAGGUCCAGCUGGAUGCCGCCGCCCCGGUCAACGCUGAGAGGAUGAGGGGCCUCAUGGUCGACUCGGGAGCGACAAGGCAUAUCAUCACUGAUAUGGAGAAGUUUGAGGAGUUUGAUCCAAACUUCCAAGCGCAAAGUCACAUUCUGGAGUUGGCUGAUGGAGAGCGCGCUAGCGGGAUUGCGCUAAAGAAAGGUACUGCCAAAGUGCGCAUGAGAGACAAUAAAGGCCGUGAUGUGGAUCUGAUGUUGAAGGAGGCGCUCUACGUCCCAUCCUUUUCUCAGGACAUCUUCUCGGUUAAAGCAGCAACGGCCCAAGGAGCAACUGUCAUCUUCAAAGAGGGACAGAAUCGUCUUAUCCACAAAAACGACUCCACCCACCAGAGGGCAGGAGGAAACCUCCGAUAUUUUGAGAAGCUACUGUUCAAGCAGCUCCAGGAGUUGAACCAGUCCUACCAGCCUGCCUCUGAGGAGCCCAUCCUGCUGGGAACCUACAACAGGCCUCCAGACCAUCUUCCAGAGAGGGAGGCCUAUGAGGCUCUGUGCAGAGGAGAGGGACUGCAAAUGACUGAAGCAAGACGUAGCCGUUUGUUCUGCCGCUACCAUGACGGGAGAAGGAACCCUCGUCUACUGCUGAGGCCCCUGAAGGAAGAGGACGAGUGGGACAGCCCUCACAUCGUACGAUACCUGGGCAUUCUGUCAGAUGAAGAGAUUGGGAAGAUUAAAGAGCUGGCAAAACCCAGGCUUGCCAGAGCUACUGUCCGUGACCCCAAAACAGGUGUCUUGACCACAGCCAACUACAGAGUGUCAAAAAGUGCAUGGCUGGAAGGAGAGGACGAUCCUGUUAUUGAGAGAGUCAAUCAGAGAAUAGAAGACAUCACUGGCCUCACAGUAGACACAGCUGAGUUACUGCAGGUUGCAAACUAUGGAGUUGGAGGACAGUAUGAGCCGCAUUACGACUUCUCGAGGAAAGAUGAGCCUGAUGCUUUCAAAAGAUUAGGCACUGGAAAUCGUGUGGCAACUUUUUUAAACUACAUGAGUGAUGUCGAAGCAGGAGGUGCCACAGUUUUUCCUGACUUUGGAGCUGCAAUCUGGCCUAGAAAGGGGACAGCGGUUUUCUGGUAUAAUCUGUUCAGGAGUGGGGAGGGAGACUACAGGACCAGACAUGCAGCUUGUCCUGUCCUAGUAGGAAGUAAAUGGGUGUCAAACAAGUGGAUUCAUGAGCGAGGACAAGAAUUCAGGAGGCCCUGUGGCUUGACAGAAGUGGACUGAAGUUUACACCACAUCUAUGAAGCAUAUGACCACAUUGACACACACACACACACACACACACACACACACACACACACACACACACACACACACACACACACACACACACACAUACACAUACAUGCAAACGUACUUCGCAGUGCCUUGAUUCUACCAAUUCAGACACAUUCUGCAUCACUUAUAUAAGUGUUCUCUCCUUCAGCUUGUCUGCAUGAUUAGCAACCCGGGAAGAUACAUCCCACAGGUGUGUGGGAUCUAACAGGAAAUUACGUUUCUUCUUGUACUGGCAGAUUUAGAGCUCUGUAUUCUGUCACACAGUGUCGCACUAGCUCACUUUGUUAAACAAAUGAAAUUAGAAUUAAUAAAAGGAAAUAGGACUUAUAAAUGGAAUUAACGAGCUAAAAAAAACACAAUUUCUUUAUUUGUUUUUUCUGAGGUACAAACUAUUUUUAAGAGUAGAUUGAAAUGAGUCCAAUGCAGAAUCUUUUCACUAAUACAUAUGUGUUUAAGCUCUCAUGUGAACAGUUUAUUUCAUUGCUUUUACAACUUUGAACAAAUCACCAGCAUUAGUCGGAGUACAGAGAACCCAUUCGUCAUUUUGGUCGUUUUCACAUUUCUUAGCAAACUAACAUGCAAUUUUCAUACACUAAACACUUCUGAAUAUGAAGUAACAACUGAGCGAAGAAAAAAAAACUUGUGUUGAAAUAACAGCUUUGGUGAGAGACUCCGACCUGUGGACUCAACUGUAGGUUUUUAUGUCAAAUCCUUCCUGUAUACUGUUGACCUCGGCAAUGCAAUCCGAGAAACAGCCUCUCUGUGUUGGUUAUUUGAAAUACAAAUGAAAGGCUUUAAAGAAAAAGUAUCACCCAUCAAAUGAACUUUAGUGCCAAACCUCCAUCGGUAACAGCUUUAUUUUUUUGUCAUUUCAUUCUUUAUCAUUUACACCCAGCGUCUCAUCCAUCACACUCAGAUUUGACAGAAAUGUCUCCUCCAAAUCAUGUUCAUUAUUUUAUUUAUAUAGUGUUUAAAUUAUUACACUGUUGUUACAUUGUAUCCUCUUUUUACAAGAUGGCCAACAAGAAAGUCAAUAAACAGUGCCUUUUAUUACA